AUGAUUGGUACAGGUUUCCUGGGUUACUUAAACAUAGCCCAAAACGGUUAUAAAUUGAAACCGACAACAAAAAUAACAACAACAACAAAUAUCUUAAGAACAAAUAUAAGUAUUAAUAAUAGUAUCGUCGGUUAUCCAUAUAAUCGCGACAGACUGGGUCACUGGUGGGUGGCUGAAAUGCUGCUUAAUAUUUUAGAUAAAUAUAAUAAUCGAAAUAAAAGAUAUUAUAGCUUUUUGUGGGCUUAUUUUAUAGAAGCAGCAUACUUCGUUAGUAGUCCUAAAAAAUUCUUUGCUUUACAUUAUUUAUUACCUUUCAUACUAGUUGCAUUAGUGUUAGCUCAUUUAAUUGCAGUUCACGAAUCUGCAGGUGCAAGUAAUCCUUUAGGUGUUCCAAGUUAUUACGAUAGAAUACCUUUUGCACCUUAUUACUUAUUCAAAGAUUUAAUAACAAUAUUUAUUUUCUUCUAUGUUUUAAGUAUAUUUGUGUUCUUUAUGCCUAAUGUUUUAGGAGAUAGUGAUAACUAUAUUCCAGCUAACCCUAUGCAAACACCAGCAGCUAUAGUACCUGAAUGA